AUGGGCAGAUCGGUGUCCUCUACCACAUGUACAACAUUCGAGCAGGUGAUCGCCUUCGCAAAUUGCGUCGUCUGGCUGGUUGCUGCCUACGCGCUUUACGCUCGCUGGCAGGAGAAGAAAUACCUCGCAGAAGUUGAUGCCGCUCAAGCGCGAUGGGCCGCCGCAAUUGAGCGCCGAAAUAUCCUCAUGGAAGAGCGGACGAGACGACAAUUGGCUCUUGAGGAACAAGAAUACGAGAAGGACGAGGAGUUGAGGAAGAUGCUCUGGGAGCGUGAGCGGUUGCCUGAUGACGCUGACGAUUUGUGGUGA